AUGGCACCUGCAACUCUCAUCGAUGAAGCAAAUACAAGCCCGAUUGACGGCCCUGGAUUCAGUGGCAUCUCUAAGCCGAUCAAGUCAUCCAGAUCACCACUGCCAGAGGUCAAGGAGCUAGAAAGUUCCUCGGCGACGGUGGAAGAUGUUGUCAAUGCGCUCAAGAUCGCCGGUGGAGUCAUCAUUCGCAAUUUUCUGUGUCUGCAAGAUAUCGAUCGCAUUUUGAAGGAUGUCAAUCCAUAUUUGGAGGCAGACCAGCCAUGGAAUGGAGACUUCUUUCCUCCAGAGACUCGACGGGCCUUUGGCUUGAUGGGCAAGUCACCCACUUUUGCCACGUCGAUAGUUGGAAAUCCUCUCUGGAUGGGCGUCACCGAUGCCUUGCUCACCAGCCAUAGCAAGUACAACUGGGUUGGCGACAAGAACGAAGAGAGCAUCAGUGUUCCUCAACUUCAUAACACCAUCGUCUUCCGCAUUGGACCUGGCGCAGCAGCCCAGCCUCUUCAUCGCGACGAUCCACCUCACUAUCCUGAUCACUGCGCCGUUGCUGAGCACACCCUUGGCCGAGACAGCGGCAUUGGGUUAUUUGUAGCUGCGACGCGAACCACCAAGGCGAACGGUGCCACCCGCUUCAUUCCAGGAUCUCAUCUAUGGGACUACCGAGAAGGACCUCCGAAAGAAGAGCAAACCGUUCAUGCAGAGCUCAAUCCUGGUGACGCCUUCAUCAUGCUCUCGGGAUGCUUCCAUGGAGGAUCGGCAAACACGACCGAGGAUGAGGACCGCGUCCUCUUAUCCACCUUUAACACAAGAGGCUACUUGAGGCAGGAGGAAAAUCAAUACUUGGCCAACAGUAUUGACUCGAUCAAGGAACUUCCUCCCGCCCUCCAAGAGCGCAUGGGAUACGGGCUGAGUCGCCCCUUCAUGGGCUGGGUAGAUCUGAAAAGCCCAAUGUUAUUACUCCACCCAGGGGAGUCCAAACACCAGAAGGAUCUCUGGGGGUCAUAA